AUGGGAAGAGAAGUUACUGGUAUAAACGUGAUGGAGAAGAAGCCAAAUGGUAUAGCUUCAAGUGGUAGCUUUAGCGAUAGAGUGCGUGUUUCUCCUAAAAUUGCAGCAAUGGUUGAAGCAAUGGAUCAUGAGAUAAAGGAAUCUGCUGAAGGCAAUUCUGCCAAAAGCACUAAAUUAAAUGCUAAUUUGCCUGAAGAGCGGAAUGAUAAACCUGAAGUACAGAAGACGAGUGAUGACGAAAAAGAAUUAAGCUCGCCUACUGCAAUAACAAUUCCAGUGGAUAAAGAGCAUACAAGCCCCCCUGCUCCACAGCAGUCUGAUCAGGCUACUGAAAAGCAUGUCACUCAUACACAGACUGUUGAUACUGAAGCUGAUUCAAAUGGUCAGAAUUUGUCCCCAGAUGCUAAGAAUACACACUCACCAAAUUCCUCAAAGAACUCACAGAGGAACUCACCUUUUACAUCAAGGAAGCUUGCUCAACAUGAUAAGAAGCAUCAUGACGAUGAAGACAAUUGGUCUGUUGCUUCCUCUAGUGUUGCAUCUGGACGUACUGCCAGAUUUAAGGUAACUGUAGGUACAGCCCCUACGUUCAGAAGCUCAGAUCGUGCAGAGAAACGAAAGGAGUUCUAUAUGAAGUUAGAGGAGAAAAAUCGAGCCCUGGAAGAGGAAAGACUCCAGUAUGAGGCAAGGCGAAAGGAAGAGGAAGAUGCAGCCAUUAAGCAGUUGAGAAAGAACUUGGUCAUUAAAGCAAAGCCAGUACCAAGCUUCUACUAUGAGGCGCCUCCUCCAAAAACGGAAAUCAAGAAGCAGCCUCCACUGACUCGCCCCAAGUCACCGAAACUAUCUCGCCCCAAGUCACCAAGAUUAUCUCGGAGAAAGAGCUGUGGUGACGUUAACACUCGAGUACAUCACAGCACAUGUAGUACCUCUAAAAGUGGGUCUGGUACCCCCGUCACUCCUAAAAAUAAGGACCUGGUCACUGGACAUCUCAGCCAUGGUGCUUGCAAAACCAAAGAAAGGACCAAACCGGACAAGGAAACCCAAACAGCUCCUCCUAAUAUCAUGGAGCAGACAAAUGUGGACAUAUCAGUCCAAUAA